UGAACUAAAAAAUAGUCCUGCCGGGGUUUCGGGAUGUUAGAUAGUUGCACGUAGCCUUUUCUAGGGCUAUAUUUCACUGUUGGACGAGGGAUUCGGCGGCGUCCUCAGCUGUUGCAUUUGGGGGCUGAAGUGUCAGGCAACUAUGCGAUUUGAUUUCGAACGGUAAUUCCGGAUCAGUUUGACUUGUGCGGCUGAUGCGAGCGGAGGUUGACUGUUAGUGCCCUCUGAGUUGUAUUUCAAGCCUGUUGUCGCCGGUAUUCCCGACAACGGAACCGUAGGGAUGGAAAAAGCUAGUCAGCCACAGCUUUCGCUGUCCAUAACAAAGAGUGAAAGUCCAGCGGAGGACAUCUCAAAUAUACAGGACGAGGACCUUCUCAAGUGGACCAAAGAGGAUUUGGUGCGGCGGCUCCGGCGGUCUGAAGCCGAUAAAAUGAGCGUGAUACUGGACCACAGCAAUCUGAUCCGCGAGGUCAAUCGCAGCCUCCAGCUGCACUUGAACGAGAUAAGAGGGCUGAAGGACAUCAACCAGAAACUGCAGGAGGACAACCGGGAGCUGAGGGACCUGUGUUGCUUCCUGGAUGACGACCGUCAGAAGGGCAAGCGGGUGUCCAGGGAGUGGCAGCGACUGGGGCGCUACAGCGCCUCCAUCAUGAGGAAGGAGGUGACGUUGUACCUUCAGAAGCUCAAGGAGCUGGAGUUGCGGCAGGACGAGGUGGUCCGGGAGAACUUGGAUCUCAAAGAACUCUGUUUGUUACUCGACGAGGAGAAAGGUGGAGGAGGAGUAGGAGGAGGUGGUGGAGGGGUGGGGGUUGGAGGGUGUAGGAAUUCUAUCGAUAGCCAGAGUAGUUUGUUGCUGGUCCCCGGGACAGGGUUGUUGAUGAGGGACGUGGGGGAUGGGAGUAGUACGUCUAGCGCGGGGAGCGCCGACAGCUCCGAUCACCCCCACCACAAGCAGCUCCACCUGUUACACACGCCGGUAGCCUCGGGGGGCGGUGGAACUGGGAGCCCGGAGCAUCUCCAAAAGCCCCGGGCUGGCAGUGUGAGUGGAGAACGUGAUAUCCCCUCCAGCCCUGAACCUCCUCACCCCCAGGGCAGGCACCGUAGUACCAGCCUGGAGUAUCCCUACGCCAUGCCCCAGCUCUGCCGGCCCCGCUGCGGCUCCAUCUCGGUGCCCGACCACACCCAUAGCGCCCGUUCCAUGCGGGGGCUUAGCCCCGAGAAGUACGGCCGCAAUGUGGGACGCUGGAGCCCCGAGUCCCAGCACCCAUCCACCAAGCACCACCACCUCCACAGCUCCGACCUGCUUCUCUCCCAGAAACAGCAGCACCUCCUGGGGUCGGGUCAGGGCGGCAGCGCCGGGGAGCUCUACCAGAGGCACCACAGGGGGAGCAUCGGGGGCGGUAGCUGCUGUGGAAGCCCCGAGCCCAGACAGGCACAUCUAGGGUUGGGGACGCCAGAGCACCAGCACCAUGAGAAGGGCUGUGUGAUGUCAGCCGGGGGCAGUCCAGAGACUCACAGGCACCAGUAUAGUGGGAGUCCAGACCACAUGAAGUUCGGCAGCCCUGGGAGAGAGGCACAGAAGAGACCGGCCACCGCUGAAGAGCUGUCACCGCAUCACAGGAGCAUCUACAACGGCAUGAACGCCUUGAUGUCAGCUGGAUGCUGUACCACCAACUGUAGAAAUGUGAAACUAUGGGACAGCUUCGAUGCCUCUUCUUGACAACACUGCACCCCAGCUGGGACGUUUGGGGUGAGACGUACCUCCUCAACAGUGGGAUAAGGAGGGUCCAACACUCCUGCUGCCCUGGCCCAAACAGACACUAGGACAACUGGACACCCCUCUCCAAGAUCCUGAUGGUCUGUCCCAUCCGUCCUCAUAUACUACUAUGUUUUAUUUCUACAUAUCUAGAGUUCGGGACAAUUUGGGGGAAAACUUGGGAAUGCUACUAGGACGUAUGGAUUGCAUUCCCAAAGACUGCCACAGCUAAAUGGAUGAGAGCGAGACUGGAUACCGCAUAUGCGCUCCCUGCCAACCACCAAGACAUGGCCUACCUCCCAGAGAGGGAAAGAUGCAGGGGAAGAAGUGAAAAGAAGGAGAGAAGAAGAGGACCACUCCUCUCAGCUCAUCAGUCUGUUGUUCUCUCUCUCUCUCUCUCUCUCUCUCUCUCUCUCUCUCUCUCUC